UAAAGCUGUUUUAAUUCAGAGUUUGGUACGAUGUCACACACAAAGAAUACGUUAUCUUAAAAUAAAACACGCUACCAACAUCAUUCAAGCGUAUGUUCAUGGCAAGAAAACACGACGUUUUUAUAAAGAACUACAUAAAGCUACACUGGUUAUUCAAAACCGCGUGCGAGCAAAACGUUUUGGUAGAAAAGACCGUCAAACAUUCCAGCUGAAGCGACAUUCAGUUAUUGCUAUACAGAGUUGGUUUAAGGCUUGCAAAAGAAGGCGGGAAUUUUUACAACUGAGAAAUGCCUCCGUAUUGUUGCAAGCCUUCUGGAGGGGAUCGCAUCAACGAAAGAAAUACAAAGAAAUGAAGAAGGCAGCAGCUUGUAUUCAACAGCAUUAUCGUGCUCUUAAAACGGGAGAAGAGAAGAGACAUCGUUUUCUUGUCGUCAAACGGUUUGCCACAAAAACGCACAUCAAUCUCAUGGCAAUACGUUUACAACGAGCAUAUCGUAAAGCCAUGGCGAUUGCUCUGUUGAAAGCUAAGAUCGAUAGCGUGGUGAUAGUACAGCGAUGGUGGCGAGCUAAACUCCAGAGGAAAUUCUAUCUAAGAACUCUGCAUUUCAUUCGUCUUCUCCAAAAGAAAUGGCGUACACGACUUACCAUAAUGCACCAGUCAGCGACAAGAAUUCAGGCAGUUGUGAGAUGUUUUUUAGCUCGAAGGUUUGCUCGAAAAAAAAUGAAAGCAAUCAUCAAUAUACAGAGAACGUGGCGAGAUUACAACGUUCGAAAGCGCUUCAACUCGAAGAAGUUUAGAAAACUAAGAGAGCGAAUUAUUGUGGCUAAUUCCGACGUCACCGAGUCCAUGAAGCUUUGCAAUCGUACUCGUUCUGCACUCGACUAUUUACUAAAUUGUAAGAAUUUAACAACGGUUCGUGAAGCUCUGGUUCAUCUUGAGGUCGCAACAAGAUGGACAUUCAAGUGUUCACAACAACAGGUUGAGAAUAACGCUCUCCGUGUUAUUUUUCAAAUUAUCCGAGACUCAAAUAGGAGUCUAGCUCACAUGGGAUUGAUCAAACUGGCGUUAGAUAUUUUCACCAAUGUGUCCAAGUGUCCAGCCACCCAGGAUGCCGUGGUUUUAAAAGAAGAAAAUGCAUUGGAAACCAUACUUGAACUCGCGUGUAUUUUUCGCGAGAAAAAGGAAAUUUUCCUCAGAGUUGCAAAGCUACUUACAAUUUUAUGUACUCACGAAAACGUAAGAAAGAAAUUACUGAAAACAGAAAACGCUGCAAUGAAGAUAUCUUCCAUUUACUCCAUCACAAAAAGGAAGUUUGAAAUCGAGAUGAAACGGAACACGAAGAUGAAACAACAAAAUGGCAAGGGCGGACGAUACAAGACUGAUAACAUUUAUGGUGAUGCCUUAACAGCAGUGAUCACUCUUAUGGAAACGAUUGGUUUAGAUUAUCCCGUAUAGAUAGGUUUAGCUUAUCCCGUAUAAAUAAGUUUAGAUUAUCCUGUAUAACAACCAUUACAUUCUAGUAUUUUUUCUAUUUAGGUCAAAUUUAUGCGGCAGUAUGUAAAGUAUUAUUUUUAAAUUAUUUCUUAUUUGCUCAAACUCACCGUUGUUUAACGCAGAUUUAACGCGGUACUUUUUUUAUUUUUAAAGUGCUACUGAAGUGAAAUUUUGGGUAUCGAUUUUUUUCUAUAAUCAAAUAGUUCUAUCUUUCCUGAUCACUUUGGUAUAAUUUUUAUGCCUAUUGAAGCACGGGAUCAUCAAUAAAUUUUUGCUCAAAGUUGG